GAUCGGCCCUACGGACGGCUCCAAGUAUAAAACACUGCAAUUCCUGUGUCGCACUAUGUUCAAUUAAUCAGCAACGCGCGUUACUGAAGUCUAUUUGCGGCAUUUUAAUCGACAGUGUCGAUGCGUUGAGUAUAACUUCGCCACGCAAUUCAUCAUUGAUUCGACUGUUGUUCGAUGAGACCAAUGUGCCGAAAUAUAAAAACGAAAUAUAGCAGGAAAUACAAUCAGUGGUAAAGAGAGAUGAUAUACUCGUAUUUGUUCCACGUUUCGAUCGUUUCGAAAUUUUCGACAUCCGCAUAAUCUCGAUAGUUAGCGGACAAACAGCUUUAUUCCAUUUCACCACUUGCACAAAGUUUAGAAGAAAUUAUUCGAUUUUGAGACGAAUGAUUUUUACGAGUGUCCUAAAAUUUAUCUUCGCAUUGAAUCUUUUUAUUUUCGAACGCGUGGUGUCGCAAAUAAACUUUCUGAGUUGUUUUGAACAUUUAUUGGGCCGCAGAUCACAAUUGCAGUUGAACGUAUGUCGUGCUGAAGUUUCAACUAUCGGAAUAUCGAGACACGUCGACUUUGCAAGUUCAGCUUUCAAAAGGCCCAGUGGAUAUCUUGUCUCAUUCCGCGGAGAUUUAUUGUGCGAUUGAACGCGUUAGCGGAAUUCGCGACAGACGUAGAGACAGAGGCGCUCAGAAUUUGUAGGAAAUCGCCUUCGAAAGGAACUUGUAUUCUACAACGAUAAAACUACAAUCGCCACUCAGAGCCUGUCAGGAGAGACUUCGCUCCGUUACGGAUCCGUUUAUCCGACAAAUCCAGUGAUCAUCCGUUCGCCCAACAUGCUCCAUGGAAUCCUGUAGUGGCGAAAAAUUUCCCUGACAGAACGCAUCGGUCAUGGAAUAAAAAAAAAGGGAUAACAAACGGCGUAAAUGGCGCGAAGCGGAUAAAGUUUCAACUACUCGUGAUAUCUGCGUUUGAAGAAUUACGUCUACAUCGGAAAAUCUGCCGGAGAGAUCGAUCGCGCGCUCAAAUCGUUCCAUCUGAAAAGAAGAAUCUUACAUGAUAGGAGAGAGAAGAACGAAGAUCGUUGAAUAAGAUGGGAACACCGUAUGGCGAUAGCAUGCAUCGUCGUUAGAGAUUUCAUUCUUGAGAAUCUCAAAAGACCAAUAGCCAGUCUCAUUAAAUGACGACGGAUAGGUGAGCAACAAGAUAGAUAGGGGACGGCUACGUGGCAUGUCGGUUCAUGACGACGGCUACGGUAGCAACAACGACAGCAAAGAGCAGUGGACGAUGUGGAUGGCAGCGCAAUGCAGCAGCAGCAGAAGCAACAUCAACGACAACGGCAUCAACGACGAGAACGGCAGCAACGUCGAGAGUUGCAAUUAGCGCCAGCUCGCAACGGCCGUGAGACAACGUAACGACUGAAGGGGGGGGCCGCCGACCGUUAGGGGGUCGAGGGUGUGUGCAGUGCACGUGAAAGGGGGACAAAAUGUGGUGGAGGUGGCGGUGGUGGAGUGUCGUGACAACGACGACGACGAUGCUGGUCUUGGUAGCCGCAUACUCGCCGCCUGUGGAACUAUCCGAUCUGGAUAAGCCAAUACCGAUUAUUGCCAUUGACGGUGUAAUCGGAAACAAGGUGCAGCUCCCUUGUGACAUUCGUUCCACUAAUAACGAUGAAAUCAGCAUGGUGCUUUGGUACAAAGAAGGCAAAGACGAACCGAUUUACAGCUUCGAUGUUCGCGGCCGCCGGCAAUACAGCAACGCCCGUCUUUGGUCGUCGCCCUCGGCAUUGGGACCAAGAGCUUUUUUUGUUACGGCGACGAAUCCAGCUCACCUCAGCAUUGAUCGGCUGGAGAGCACUGAUGAGGGGAUCUACCGGUGUCGGGUGGACUUCAGAAACUCGCCGACACGGAAACAAAGGAUGAACUUAACCGUUAUAGUGCCUCCAUCGAAGCCAGUAAUAUUGGAUGGGGCGACGAAGGCUAUUUGGGGCCUCGAGGAGCAGUACAACGAGGGGAGCGAUGUGAACUUGAUUUGCGAGGUUCGUGGUGGCAAGCCGCCCCCAAAGCUGACGUGGUAUCUCGACAAUACCGUGAUAGACGAGUCCUAUCACUACGAUACCCAGGGCGGGUUAACGGUUAACCACUUGGCGUAUCCGAAAAUUGGGCGACAACACCUCCAGGCGAGGCUGAUAUGUCAGGCCAGCAAUACGAACUUGGUGCCACCACAAACCAGAUUACUCGUCCUCGAAAUGAAUCUAAAACCAUUGAUAGUUCAAAUCCUGACGAAGGAAACGCCAAAUGCGGUGAUUACUUGGUGGAAAGCAAACAAGCCAAUCAUUAAUAAGGAGAUUAAUAACUAUCCGAUUCAGAACAAUCAGAGUUUGAGCAUCCUCAGUUUCAUGCCAACUAUAGAGGACGACGGUAAAUAUUUGACAUGCCGCGCGGAAAAUCCUGCUAUACCAGACAGCGCGUUGGAGGACAAGUGGCGGCUUGACGUACAAUACCAACCGGUGGUCAGCUUAAGAAUGGGCGAAACGCUGAAUCCGGAUGACAUCAAAGAGGGCGACGACGUGUACUUCGAAUGUAUAGUGCGGGCAAACCCGAAGGUGUACAAGCUCGCCUGGUUCAAAGAUGGCAAAGAAUUGAAGAAUAAUUCUACAGCAGGUGUAGUUCUUAGCGACCACUCUUUGGUACUCCAAGGAUUGACUCGUUACUCUGCCGGCGCUUACACUUGUCUUGCCGCAAACAGCGAGGGAAAGACGGCCAGUAAUCCAGUGUCUCUCCAGAUAAUGUAUGCGCCGGUGUGCAAGGAGGGCAAGAGCGAAGUGGUGGUUGGCGCUUUGAAACAGGAAACGGUGUCGUUAGUGUGUUCUGUGGAGAGCCAUCCGGCGCCAUUGACUUUCCAUUGGACAUUCAAUAAUUCCGGCGAGCUCGUCGAGGUCCCACAUUCACGUUACUCCCACGUAUCGGCGCCUGGCACACCAGACGGGCAGAAAGAGUACCAGCAGUUUCGUGGAUUCAGACUGAACUAUACACCAGCUACGGAAAUGGAUUACGGUACGGUGGCAUGCUGGGCGAGCAACCAGGUUGGCAAGCAACGAACACCUUGCCUUUUUCAGGUUAUAGCCGCGGGCCGACCGUACGCUCUUCACAAUUGCAGUGCUACAGAAAUGUCAGCGCCUCUGGAUAUGGAGGAGCUUGGUACGAAAUCGGGAACAGGACUGAUAGUCCGAUGCCUGGAGGGUUAUGAUGGAGGUCUUCCGAUACACAGUUAUCAGCUGGAAGUCGUGUCUGAUGAGGACGGAGGUCCGAUUCUCUUAAAUAAAACCGUGCCGGCAGGUCCCAACGGACCGACUUUUGAAGUCGCAGGACUAACAACGGGAAGGAGCUAUCGACUUUUCCUAUACGCGAUUAAUGCGAAGGGGAGAAGCGAACCUGCCAUACUUGAACCAGUAACCCUGAAGGGUGUCGCUAUGUACACGACUGGCAACACCGAUGCAUCGAUGCUGAAUCCGUUGUUGCUGGGCUUGGCAGCCAUGGCGACCCUUUUGGCCCUGGCCGUUGCUGGAAUCCUAGCGGCGCUCUACCGGAAGCACUCCACCGGCCGACCCGGAAGUCCAAAGCACGCUCCCAUCGUAUGCGAGCCGCCUAAUGCAGGUGCAACCACCCCGGUGCACUCUCAGACCAAGCAGGCGGUCGAUGACAUCGAUCCAGACAUCAUACCCAACGAGUAUGAAAGAAGACCCCUAACAUAUACCCCCGUCUAUAAGACACCGCCACAACGAAGAAAGAAAGAUCGCGCCACCGAUGAAGACACCUCGCCGGAGAAAAGGCCGAUCGUUCAGCACGGUCUGGACCUGCCUCCGGAUCCGAUGUUGACUGACUGCCUGCCAACGCCUACCAUAAAUUAUCCGCAAAAUCACGUGUCUCAGCAAAGCGCUUAUAAUCAUCCGCCCACGAUGGCUGAUUUCAAGCAGAUGGCGAUGGACGCCUUUAAUCAGCGUAACAACCAAAACAUAUAUUAUAGCCUUCAGAGGACGAGCAAAGGGCUCUCGUCGAUGCCACAGAGGCCCGUUUCAUCGUCGAUCUCCGCGCAAGGCAAAUUCCAUCAACCUGAAGUGGUGACACGCUCGAAUCGGAUACAGGAGAGCUGUAUAUAAGUUCGAAGGUUUUCCCUGCGGGAUCAACCUCGUGAGCUUCUAAGACGCCGCCGGCGAUUAUAUUUACACGUGUAAAUGUAACGAGUACGUGCGGAGAACAGCGUAGGAUCCAUGGAUCCCCGAGACGCGAGCGCGAAGUCUAACGUGGUAUCUUCCCAUAGUUGGUACACGAGUUUCGAACCACUCCGCGAAACACACUUAACGUUUACUGUACAAAACCAUAGAGAGGCUGAUGGUGUGUUCCAGAUCGUAUUGAUGGGAACGCGGUCUCUCCUCGAGAUUACGUUAUGCCGAUGCCGCCGGGGACGGCGCUACAUUUUCAUAUAUAAUUUUACGGGGAAGACAAGGAAAUGACAUUAGUAAGUUAGAAAGGUACCCGUACAUGUCCAAAAAUAUUUCUUUACUGCCAUACUGAGGUAUUAACGGUAUAUCGUAACGUACAAAGAGUCUAACCCCUAAAAGUAGUUAAUGUCAAUAACGAAGGAGAUGAGGCUGGGUCAAAGCGAGCUAAAGAAAAUUUUAAUGGCGCUUUAUACUUUAUUCAUAUACUUCCAGUUUUCAAGUCGCGCAUAAAAUGACGUCUUUAUACAUAUAUAUUAUAAUAUCUUAACAUAUUAAUUCUUUUGGAACACUUUUACAAUUUAUUAAAAUUACU